GUGUCCGCUGAAUGAAAUUGAAGCUCGUCUCUGGAAAUAAAAUCAACCCAGUCAUUCACUUUUUUUUCUCUUCCCCUUCAGUGACCAUUUUGUGGAAAAUACAUCCGUUUUCCCGUCGUUCCUGCAAUGAUGUAGUUUUCCCUUAUUUUCCCCAUUCAGUGUGACAUUUUUUUUCUCCUUGUGCUGUGGCGGUGUAUCCUGGCGAUCACCCAUUGUGUGUGUGUCUGAAGAAAAAUCAUCGACGGUACAUCUUCCUUUUUCCCCGUGGCAGUAUCAAUUUGCGGUGGAUGGAUACUCUCUUAUUUUUUUUUCAUCUUGUGUGUCGUGAGUGUGCGGGAAAAGUUGUGAAAAGUGUGGUGGAGUGUUGAGGGUGAGAAGGAAGAAGAAGGAGGAGUUUUCCAUGAGAAUUUUAGCGUGAAAAAUGAAUACAAUCGGCUUUCGGGGGGAUUUUGUGACUCCUGAGGCGAGGUCUAUGUUCAGCAGGUCAAGAAAGUUGAGUGCCAAACUUUUCCCAUCAUCCAUGUUGGUGGUUUUCAUGAAAUUCCUCCUGACAGUACUCCUCGUCGCCCACAUCCAAACUGUUGAAUCUCAAAAUAUGGGCACAGUGGACAUGUUGAAUCAAUUCAACUUCCCCCAGUUGCCAGCCGGUGUGUCCAGAGCCCAAGGAAUGUGUGACGAAACGACGGAAUCUUCAGCUUAUUCCAUUGGGAAGGAUACAAUGCUAACAGUUGGUACUGCAGAGAUUUUUUCUAGAGGCUUCCCAAAGGACUUUUCAAUUUUACUAGCAUUGCGCACCAAAUCCUCAACUCCAAGUCGCGUGCCACUCUUCUCGAUUUAUUCUUCUGAAAGUGAAGAAGUUCUCGCAGUUCUCGUUGGCUCCGAGAUUGGUCUCUACUACCAGGAUAUGAAUGACCCACUGAGUGAUCCCAUCCUCGUGCAAUUCCCACUCAAUAUAAAUGAUGAGAAAUGGCACAGACUUGGGCUUAGUGUCAAGGGGGACUCUAUCACCCUCCUUGCGGAUUGCAAUCGAGAAUACACCAAGAGAUUUCCGCGAAAAGUCAAUGCGACUGUAGCAACAGAUGGAUUGAUUUUAAUCGGUGUUCAACUUAUGGAGGAAGAGGGUUAUUUUACGGGGGAUAUUCAACUCUUCAAGAUUGCCGACACACCAGAUGAGGCUUAUCAGCUGUGCUCCACCAAACAUGCCCCAUUAUGCAAUGGUAGCCACUAUCAAACGACCUCCGCUUAUCGCAGUGGCGUAAAUAGAAAGGAGGACCAACUGCGGAAUGCGUCACGAUUGAAUUCCACGCCAGAUGAUUCAGCUGUGCAAGCUGAAACGCCACGGGAUUGGGAUUCUUAUGACGAUUUUUAUGAUUUUGAUGACGACAACGUUACCAUUAUCAGGGAAUUUCCUGAACAAGGCAAUGUAGGGGGAUUCAAUUCAUCAUCAUCAUCAUCAUACGGAAGCUCAAUUGGUGGAGGAUCUUCAUCACACUACUCGAGUUCUUCCUGGAACUCAUCAUCAGGAAGUAAUCAAGGAUCGGGAGGAGCGUCAUCUUCUGGUACAAAUACUUAUGGACAAGGGUCAUAUUCUUCCUCUGGUGGUAGCCUGUACGGAGGAGGAGGCUUUUCAGCAUCUGGUGGUAGCAUUGCUUCAGCAAGUGGAGGAAAUAUUGAUUUAGCAAGUAGAGGAAGUUUCGGUUCAGCCAGUGGAGGAAUAUCGACAACAGGCAGCAGUUCCGGGGGUUCAGGGUAUUCAGUUUCAGAAAAUUCUGGAUUAGGCUUGGGAAUUAUAUCGGGUCUUAAUUCAAUUCAUGGAAGUACAAAUGAAGGAAGUAGUUCAUCAAAUUCAUCAAUCUCCAGAGCUCAGGAUAUUUUCGGGAGAACAAGUCAAACUAUCAGGUAUAUCGAGGGUCCGCCUGGAGAAAAAGGCCAAAAGGGAGAUCCAGGAAGAGAUGGUCGUGAUGGACAGAGUGGACUUCCUGGGCCACCAGGGCAUGUUUUCAUGAUCCCUAUAAAUCAAGCUAUUGGGAAUGACAAAGGACCAGAUUCACAAGUAGAAACAUUCAGGCAUCUUCUAACGCAGCACAUGAAUACAAUGAGAGGUGCUGAUGGGCCAAUGGGGCUCACGGGUAUACCAGGACCGCAAGGACCACCAGGAAUAGAAGGGAGUAAAGGUGAACCUGGGGAUGCUGGAGAACCCGGUCCUAGAGGAUUGCGUGGGCAAAUGGGUCCGCCUGGGCGUGAGGGUAGACGUGGAAGAGCUGGAAGAGAUGGCGAUAGAGGAAUUUCAGGACCAAUAGGUCUGAAGGGUGAACCAGGACCCCCUGGAAUGAUGGGGAUACGUGGAUUGAAAGGAGAUCGAGGUAGAACAGGACCAACUGGUCCUAAAGGACAACCUGGGCACGAUGGAAUACAAGGAGAAGAUGGUCCUCCAGGAUUAACAGGACUUCCUGGGGAAAUUGGCCCUCGAGGUUUCCCUGGUGUUCGUGGCUUUCCCGGGCCACCUGGUAGUCCAGGAAUUCCUGGAACAGAAGGACCAUCUGGGGCGAAAGGCAAUCAGGGGGCUACAGGACAACCAGGACCCCCUGGUCAGUUGGGAGCACAAGGUCCAAUUGGUGCUCCUGGUGCUCAAGGAAAUCCUGGUCCACCAGGAAUUGCGGGUCCUCCGGGUAAGCCUGGGCAACCUGGUUUAAUGGGUGUUGAAGGGACAGCUGGUCGCCCUGGGAAUCCUGGACAAACUGGACAAAAAGGACACACAGGACCACAAGGAGUUCAAGGACCAAUUGGUUUUCCCGGUCAGAGAGGUGUUAAAGGUGACGAUGGGCCCAGAGGACUGCCUGGAGAUAAAGGAGACAAGGGAGACAAAGGAUCUGAUGGUGAGAAAGGUGAUCUUGGAACGCAAGGGGAUAGAGGAAGCCCAGGACAGGCAGGAACGCCGGGUAUUGAGGGUCCUGAGGGUCCUAAGGGUUUCGAAGGUCCUCGUGGAGAAAUGGGUCUUGUUGGGUCUCCUGGACCUCAAGGUCGACAAGGUGUGCAAGGACCACCGGGAUAUCCGGGGUUGAUCGGUGAGAAAGGAGAUAAAGGUGCUACAGGUGCUCAAGGAAGUCAAGGAGUUAAAGGAGAAAGAGGACAUGCUGGAAUUCCAGGAGAGAGAGGCGAGAUAGGACCAAGAGGAAUGCGUGGUGCUCGAGGAAGAGCAGGAUCAGAAGGAUUAACUGGACCAAAAGGUGACACAGGGCAACCUGGACCACCGGGAAUACCAGGUCAACCAGGAACUCAAGGUCCAGAGGGACCUAGAGGAUUUAUUGGGCUUCCAGGGCAACAAGGAGUCAAUGGAAAAGACGGUAUCCCUGGACCUCCUGGCGAAAGAGGUCCUCCUGGCGUUACUGGGAAUCAAGGACCGCCUGGAAAUGUGGGUGUUGUUGGACCACCAGGUCAAGUAGGAGAACCAGGACCACAGGGUGAUGCUGGAGUCCCUGGUCCACCAGGAAUGCCUGGAGAAGCUGGAUUGCCAGGGGAUGUUGGAAAAGACGGAUUUCCAGGUCCCCCAGGACCUAUUGGAAAGCCUGGUGAAGUUGGUCCUGCUGGUCUACCUGGAUUUCCUGGUGAGAGAGGACAUACAGGACAACCGGGACUGGCUGGCUUGAAAGGAGAACCUGGUAUUCCAGGAAUUCCAGGGCUAUCAGGCGAUAAAGGUCAGCAAGGGGAGCCUGGAAAAGAGGGACCUCCUGGACCACAAGGUCGUGUUGGACCUCCCGGACCAGCAGGAGCACCUGGAGCUAAGGGGGAAGUAGGACUAAAAGGAGCUGUAGGUCCUAUUGGAAGGGAUGGUGUGAUGGGAUUACGAGGAUUACCAGGACCACCUGGACCUGCAGGCAAUCCAGGGGAAGAUGGAGACAAAGGAGAAAUGGGUCCACCUGGAGAGAAAGGGUUCAAAGGCAGUCAAGGAGAAACAGGUCCUAUUGGUUCACCUGGACCUCUCGGACUUCGUGGAGAGCCAGGAGCUGUAGGAGUUCCCGGAGAAAAAGGUCCUCCGGGGGAUAUUGGUCAUCGAGGGAUUAAAGGAGAAGACGGACCUGUCGGAUUGCCUGGAGCUCCAGGUCCUGUAGGACCACAAGGCUUACCAGGAUUUCCUGGAGUGAAAGGAGAGAGAGGAGACGAUGGGUUGCCAGGACCAACUGGACCUAUUGGACCACCCGGAGAAGCUGGGAGACGUGGUAUGAGAGGCCCUGAGGGUGCUAGAGGAAAACCCGGCCCACCAGGACCGCAAGGAAAAAUCGGAGAAACAGGCCCAGCGGGACCACCUGGCCCACAGGGUGAAAUAGGCAAAGAUGGUGAUAAAGGUGGUCCAGGACCAAAAGGAGAAGAAGGAAAGACAGGUUUACCUGGGCCUCCUGGGAAACCUGGACCAGCGGGUAUUGAAGGGUCAAGAGGCCCUCCUGGACCUCCAGGAUUUCCUGGAAAUCCCGGCGAAAGCGGUCAGCCCGGAUUUAAAGGUGAUGCAGGAAAACCAGGGGAAGCUGGAGCACCAGGAGAACCAGGAUUGCCUGGUGAAGUAGGACCAAUGGGAAAGCCCGGUGAUCAAGGACCCCCUGGGCGACAAGGACCCGAAGGUCCUGGUGGAGUUCAAGGUGCACCCGGACAACCUGGUGAAAAGGGAGAUAUUGGAUUGCAAGGGGCACCAGGUGAUGCAGGAAUUCCAGGACCUCAGGGACUUCCAGGUCCCAUAGGACCACCUGGAAGUGUAGGCCCAAUAGGCCCAGCUGGCGAUGUAGGUGUGCCUGGAAGAAUCGGGAAGGAUGGCCUUCCUGGAAAAAUCGGCGAUGCAGGUCUCAAAGGACAGAAGGGUGCUCGAGGAUUGCGUGGCUUUAAAGGUCAUCGUGGUGAUAUCGGACCUCCCGGGCGAAUUGGUGAACCAGGGGAUAAGGGUAACAUGGGCCUUAGGGGUACAAUGGGAGCACCAGGACCAAAAGGAGAUACCGGAAGUCCCGGAAUGAUGGGGAUAAAGGGUAACGACGGUCCUCAGGGAGAACCUGGUCCACCAGGUUUAACAGGACCAAAGGGAUCCGAAGGUGUUGCAGGGAUGAAGGGCGAAACAGGACCAGCAGGCCCACCAGGACCUCCUGGACCACCAGCAGAACCACCACUUCUCCCACCUGAGAUUCUCUUCCAGCUCAAUGAAUUCAAUCCAACGAAAGGUGAGGACAGAAUGAAGAGAGACCUGGGGAUGAUUGAUCAAUUUCUCGAUAUGGACGAUGAUGAGCUGAAUCGAUUCAUGGGGGCGACAAAGCCGUCUGAAAGGAAAAAUUCCGGGAAGAAAAAAGUGGAAAAGGAUGACUUGACUGCCCAAUUCAUCGACAUGUACAGCUCAAUUCAUGCUAUGCGACUUGAACUUGAGCGAAUGAGAAAACCAAUUGGUACGCGGGACAAUCCAGCUCGCUCCUGCAAGGAUCUCUACUAUGGGCAUCCGAAUUUCCCAAAUGGAUGGUAUUGGAUUGAUCCCAACUUGGGGAUGAUUGAUGAUGCCAUUUACGUCUUCUGCAACAUCACAGCACAAGGUGAAACUUGCGUAUUUCCCGACGUUCAUGCGUCUCAAAUGCAAAAUAUUCCCUGGCGACGGGAUGGCGACAGAACGGAUUGGUACUCAAAUCUUCGUGGUGGAUUUCAGAUUACGUACGAAACGACGGGAUCAGUUCAGAUGACUUUUUUGCGACUUCUCUCCCAGGAGGGUGUUCAGAAUUUCACCUACACAUGCAUCAAUAGCGCCCCAUGGUACAAUGAGAAACUCCAAAAGUAUGACACAGCGAUUAAAUUCAUGGGUGAUAAUGAUGCGGAAAUAACGCAUGACAAUCCGGCAAUUUCGCCAAAUGUUCUCUUCGAUGGAUGCAAGUCCGGAAAAAGCAACAGCGAAACGGUAUUUGAGGUGAAAACCAAAAAGCUCCACUAUUUGCCAAUUAUCGAUUUCUACCCCAUCGACUAUGGAUUACCAAAUCAAGCUUUUGGCUUCCAUGUAGGUCCUGUUUGUUUCAAAUAAACAACACGCCAAAGAGAUAAAAUAUAUUAAUGAAUUAUUUAAAAAAUAAACUCCCCCUCUCUCACGGUUGACUGAAAGCCCCCUCAUUUUGAUAAGCUUUCGCCAUAUAGAUAAAAUAUAUUCAAAAUUGUCACUGAAA